ACCAUUUCGGUCAGGAGGUAGAACAGCACUAACACUGCGUUUAGUUGUGACACUUCAUGUGAAAAGCAGAUCACCGAGGUAUUGUUGGUGUUUAGUUGAUAAUUUUGACCCUCUUGGAUGUUGAAACGCAGACUGGACUUCCUCCGAGAUCUAAACCAUGGGGAGAAUGAACUCUGUUUUGUUUCUCAUGCUGACACUUGGUGUGGUGACUGCCCAGACAGCUGAGGGCCGGGCGCUGCCACAGUGGCUGACGGGCUUCAUCGCCGUGGCUGGCUUCCUCUUCCUUGUUUUCGUGACGUUCCUCGUCAACAAGGCCUGGUGCGACCGCAGCAAAGAGAUGAGAGCGGAGCCGGUGAUGGUGGAAGACCACGCAACGACGAACGGAGCGACCUAUGACACCUCUCUCAACGUGCUCAGGAGUGCUGAGCACGAGGGUGCCUAUGAGAACUUGGCUCUCGAUCACAGAGAAGACAAAGUCACUGUCAUGUGACUGACGUGGACCAAUCCAGUUCACUCCUUCGCUGUUUGGUUUUCGGCCAAGCUCUCUUUCACAACAUAAAAUGAUAGGACAACAGAAUGCACCAGAUUACAACUGGAUCUCCUAACUCCACUUUUAACAACACUGCUUGAAGGUGAUAGGACAAAUGAUUUAAGAUACAGAAAUAUUUGCAUGAAUCUGUAUGAAAAUCUAAAACUGCCUCAAGAAAAUUUGUAAGAAGUGUAUACAGUUGACCCCAUCAAGUGUAUAUGUGUUGGUGUAUAGGAAGACUGGUCUUCGUUAUUCACAUUUAAUGGGUAAUCCUGUCAAAUCACCUGUCCUUCUCCAGUUUAAAGUAUCAUGUGAGUAAUUAUUAAUCUCACAGACACAAACAUUGUCCCAGAUGAAUCAUCACAAUAAUCAUGCAAUUAUUCACUUCUGGCCAUAUAUAUAUAUAUAUCCUUAGCCCAAAGUUAACAUGACGGAAAUUGUUUUGCAAAUGGGUUGUACUUUUUUUAAUAAAACAUA